AUGACGGAUUUCAUGACCACCUACUUCAAUGUCAAUCUCGCCAAAUAUGCGACUGCCUACGAUAGGAGUCGGUUCCUCGCACUGAAAGAUAACCUCGAGAGGCUCGACCCUUCCGCGCCAAAGGGUCUUUCAAUCGGAAUUAUAAGUAUCAUCUUGUGUUCCCGACGACGAGGAGAUGCAAUGCCUGCUUUGUUUCGAGAUGUGACCAAGGACGAGUCGGAGACCAGCCUAUCGGCCAUUUUCACAACUGUACGAGAAUCGAUUACCCUUGUGGCUCCGUACGUCGGGAUGCCUUCUUGCCUGCCUGCGAUAUCUGGCUUGGUUGGCGAGCUGCGACAUCGUGGUAUUAGUGGGAUUCCUGGUCCGGAGAGGUGA